AUGAGUGCACCAGUUACAACAGUAACAACCGUAGCAACACCAGCAACAGCACCUUUUACACCAGAAGAAGAUUUAUUUUCAAUAGCUCAUCAAUUAUUUGAUCAAUAUCGUAUAGCUAUUUUUGUACUCACUGGAACUGUAAUGACAGCAUGGUUAUACAAUAAAUUAUGGGUGAAUCGAAAAUUUUAUCCAAGUAUGCAACUAAUGCAAGGUAAAACUGUUGUUAUUACAGGUGGUAAUACUGGUAUUGGUUAUGAAACAGCUAAAGAUCUUCUUCGACGAGGUGCUCGUGUUAUUAUCGCUUGUCGUAAUAUGGAUAAAGGUCGUCAAGCUAUUCGACAAUUACGUUGGGAAACUGAAUGUGAAGAAAAAUCUAUUCGAUUAAUGGAAUGUGAUUUAUGUUCAUUUGAAUCUAUUCAUAAUUUUGCUAAAUUAUAUGAUAAUGAAGAAGAAAGACUUGAUGUAUUAAUAUGUAAUGCUGGUCUUGCUUGGCCACAAUAUGUAGUCACAAAAGAUGGAUUUAAUUCUAUUAUUCAAGCUAAUUAUCUUGGUCAUUUUUUAUUAACAAAUUUACUUUUAGAUAAAUUAAAAAAAUCUCGUCCAAGUCGAAUUAUUAAUGUUUCAUCGGGUGCACAUAAAAGAGUUCAAUCAAUUGAUUGGUUUGAUGUAUUUACACAAUUUAAAAAUUUUCAUCUAUUAGGUGUAUAUGCAUCAUCAAAAGCAUUUCAGAUAUUAUCAACUUAUAAAUUAAAACAAGAUUUACUUGCGGAAGGUGUUGAUGUAUUUUCAGUAAAUCCCGGUUGGGUUCGAACAUCUAUUCAAUCACCAAUGCGAGAAGCUAUUGGAAUUUAUCGAUUUAUUAUUAUCUAUCCAAUGUUACGUUUACUUAAAGCUACCUUUGCUAAAACACCAAAAGCUGGUGCACGAACAAUUAUUUAUUGUGCAGUUGAACCUUCACUUGAACAUUCUUCAGAUCUCUAUUUUAAGAAUUGUGCUCCUGCUCGAACGUCUUCAUUCUGUGCAGAUAAUAAAACAGCUGAUCAUUUAUGGGAAUUAAGUGCUAAAGCAGUUGGAUUAAAAUAA